UUUCUUAUGCAGCGAAAUGCAAGUAAAUGUUCAAAGAACUCACUUAAUUACUUUUGGCAUGGCUACACUGCUGCCAUCGCAGCCGCUGCGCAGAAAUGUCAGCAACAGCUGUUUGCAGAGAACAAAACAAAAAAUUUCACUCAACAAUUGCAAGCAAAUACAACAUCGGAGUACAUAAUGGGUAAUAAACAAGUGCGCCAACACCUGGAAACUGCGCAGAAAACUGGUAUACUAAAGAUUUCGCUGCAGCGCUUACAAGAAUUUCCACCGCAAUUGAAAAACUAUCCAAAUGUGCUGAAAACACUUGAUCUUUCCGAAAAUCGCUUUGAGCGUUUACCCGAUGAGCUGGGUCAUUUCACGCUCGUCAAACAUCUGAACCUGAGUGGAAAUAAACUUAUCGAACUACCCGACGUGUUAGGGGAAUUAACGAAACUGGAGGUGCUGCUGGUGAUGAACAAUUAUCUUACGAAAAUACCCAAAACACUAUCGAACUGCAAUAAUUUGAAAACUGUAAAUCUGUCCAAUAAUCAAAUUAAAGAAUUCCCCAUCAUGUUGUGUGGCCUCAAACAUCUUGAUGUAUUGGAUUUGUCACGCAAUAGAAUCACAUCUGUACCUGCUGAAGUUGGCACACUUUAUACGACUGAGCUGAAUUUAAAUCAAAAUCAAAUUUCAACACUUUCCGAAGAGAUUGCAGCGUGUCCUAAACUAAAAGUUUUGCGUCUAGAAGAGAAUUGUCUACAGGCUAACGCGUUUACACCACGCAUAUUGAAGGAAUCAAAAAUCUGCAAUCUAUCUGUUGAUGGCAAUCUCUUCAAUUCCAAACAGUUUACCGAUUUAGAAGGUUAUGAAGUUUACAUGGAACGCUAUACGGCAGUUAAGAAAAAAAUGUUCUAAGCGCAAAAGCAAAAGCAAAAUAAGAUAUUUUGUAACAAAAAAGACGUAUCAAACGUAGUUCAUUAGCGUAAAAGCUAAAAGAAUGCAAUUAAUUACGUUGAGAGUCACAGUUUAUAAUACGAAAUUAGCGCUUACUAAAAUGAUGGCACCAUUUAAUGGAGCAAUACCACUGCGUUUAGUAAAAGACAGUUAGUUAAAUAUUUAUAUGUGCAUAGUAAUCAUCAUUGCUGCAUCAUCAAUAAUGCAUGUAUCAGUAAACGAAAAGAUAGUUAAUUACAAAAUAUAUAUUUGUAUUUAUAUUUAACUGUAUUUCAAUAACUAUUUAUAAAUGUAUUUUUGCUCUACAUCACCUUGAAGACUGUUUAAACAUUACAGUUAAAAGGCUCAUAAUAAAUUUUUAUGUGUAACACAGUGAAA